AUGAAGCACAUUGUGGCCUUCUUUUAUGUUGGCUUGGCUAUCGUCUUGGCUGCUAAGAAGAAUGGAGAACCAAUCAAAGUCAUUCAUCCAUCAGACCAAGAACAACAACAAAACCCAGACGUGCCUCAACCAUUAAAUGGUGGAUCGAAGGGUGGAAAAGGGAAAAAGGACAACGAUGGGAUUCUCGACGAUGAUGAGUUUGAUGCCUACAGUAACUUCGUGAGCAAACACAAAAAGGGCAAAUCAUGCGGAGCUAACGGUACAGCAGAGUGCAAGAAAAGAAAAGGAAAUUUCGCGAAGAACUUCAAGAAGUUGAAGGAAUACCAAAAGAAAGCCACUUUCGAAGUUAACGUGAAUCCAACAAUGGACUGGUCGGAUGAGGAAUUGAAAGGGAGACUGAUGAGCAAAGAAGCCGCCGCUCAGUUUUGGUCAGGCAAGAAGAAUCAAGGAGGACGAGUGAUCGAGAAGAGCAGAAGAAAAAGAUCGAUCCCUGCAUCAUUCGAUUGGCGAACAACUGGUGCUGUGAAUGACAUAAAAAAUCAACAGAGCUGUGGAGAUUGCUGGGCAUUUGCAUCGGUGGCUUCGAUUGAGAUUAUCGACAAUCUUGUGAAUUGUCGCACCAGCAACACCACUCGUGUCACAUACUCUGAACAACAAAUCACCGAUUGUACAUAUGCUAGUCAACAAAGGGACGGCUGCCAGGGUGGAGGAGGACCCGACGCUCUCAAGUAUGUAAUCCAAAAUGGAAUCACCACUUCGGCCGCUGUUCCUUUCACGUCUGGUGCAAGCGGAAAAGGAGGUGCUUGCCCUAGCACUAUCAAUCCAAAGAAAAUGCCGAUUCGUGACUGGAUGGACCUGACGAAUGAUGUUCCCGGAAUGAUGAACUUCGUUGCCACCACGGCUCCGAUCAUUGUCGGCAUGAUGGUUUGCAACGAUUUUCAACUUGUGUACAAAAGUGGAGUCUAUGAUGGAUCGACGAAUGACAAUGUGAAUUGUGGAGCACAUGCACUCACUAUUAUUGGAUAUGGCACUGACACCAGUGGAAAAGACUUCUGCCACCUUGUUCGUUACCAAAUCAAAGGCGAUUCAUACAUUGCGCAAAGCACAAAUGUUAGCCUAGAUGAAGCAAAAACGGCAGCCAGAGCCGACUUUGCGAACUAUGUCUACUUCUUCCGCAAUGAAUUUUCUGCGUUUGCACUGCGAUCCCGAUUGCCACCAUGUCAUGAUCCCGUUCUUCAAUCGACAAUCGAUCAUAUUGGACAAGAGGAUUACAUGGCGAAAUUUCACGGUGGAUGGACAAGGGAAACGGCUAAUAAGCAUUUCCAUCAGCUAUUGAAAGGAAUUGGAUUGAGCGCUGAGAUGCAGCCCGAGAUCAAAUAUUUUGGUGGUGAGAGCAUUGUAUCAUAUGCUUGCGAGGAGAAAGUUCAUGUCAAACAGGGCAACAAAAGGAGAGGUAUCAUCGCUAAAGGAUCGGGCGAUUGCAAAGAAGCGUGCUUGAUCGAUUUCCGGCUGAAUCUCAUCCGCCAAUGCUAUCCCUUUGGUUUUCUCAAGAGUUGUGAGGAACAACAGGAAGUGAUGCAAUCGAAGAGACAAGAGUUCAAAUUUGAAGUCAUAUCAACACCUGAAGCGAUGAAAUUGGCACAAAAAGUUGUAGCUGUUCGUGGAGAGGACUCUCCACUUGCGUCUCUCUCAUCAACUCCCAGCCGAACUAUCGAUGAAAUUUCUAAAUCGAUCACUUGGGAACCACCUUUUCCACCACCAGACGCAAAUCAGAAAUUGACGCAAAAACACAUGAAAUCGCUUCAAAAGAGGAUUGCAAUUGAAAAAAAC